UUACCACACAAAGAACUUCUCUUCUAAGUAAACUGUGAAGCUUCUUCAUACAGGGUCAUGACUUCUGCUUCUGCAAAAAACGUUUUUGAUGUUGGGAAGUACGAAACGGUGCUUCGAACAGUAGAAACUGGGUGUUGCACCACUCAGUCUAAACUUCCUGUCCCACCGCCGAAGCCGCUUUUGAUUGCCAUGCCAUCUGAAGCCGGUGAAUUCCCACUACUUGUCUUCCUCCAUGGUUACCUUCUCUACAACUCAUUUUAUUCUCAGCUUAUCCAACACAUCGCUUCUCAUGGAUUCAUUGUCAUCGCACCUCAGUUAUACACCUUGGCUGGACCAGAUGCAACUGAUGACAUUAAGUCCACAGUGGCCACAGCAAAUUGGCUAUCAGAAGGACUCCAUUACUUGCUUCCACCCCAUGUUCAGCCAAAUUUAAGAAAGCUAGGACUCGCCGGCCAUAGCCGUGGCGGCAAGACCGCUUUUGCGGUUGCUCUUGAAAAAGCAGCAACUUCUCUAAACUUCUCUGCUUUAAUAGGCAUUGACCCAGUUGAUGGAAUGGACAAAGGGAAACAAACCCCUCCGCCAGUACUCACCUAUGUUCCUCGUUCAUUUCACCUUGAUAUGGCUGCAAUGGUCAUUGGUACAGAAUUGGGUGAAAUGAAAAAGAAUCCUCUAUUUCCUGCUCCUGCUCCCAAGGGAGUCAACCAUGAGGAUUUCUUUAAUGAAUGUCAAAAACCAGCUUGUCAUUUUCUUGUGAAGGACUAUGGUCAUGUUGAUAUGUUAGAUGAUGAUACCAAGGGGAUUAGAGGGAAAGCUACAUACUGUUUGUGUAAGAAUGGCAAGUCUAGGAAACCCAUGAGGAGGUUUGUUGGAGGAAUUGUUGUUGCAUUCAUGAAAGCUUAUCUGCUAGCUGAUAGCAGUGACUUAAUGGCUGUAAGAGAUGGGCAUGAGACUGCACCGGUGGAGCUCAAAACUAUUGAAUUUCUAGUGUGAAAUUUAAUUGUAGAGGCAGCUACAAUUGAAGAAUAGAUCUAGAGUAAUUUGAGCUUUCAUAUGCUCUUGCAGAAAUUCACAGUUUCAAUAAAACUACUGUUACUUCUACAAAUUCUAUGAUGAAAUUUACCAUACUCUUUGAAGUAAAA